AUGUCGGGCAUCAUCUCGUACAUUCCAGGUGCAAGCCUGCUUCUCGGCGGUGGCAGAUGCAAGUCGAUUGAUUUGCCACCCGUCGAGAUUCAUCACAUUGAAACUAUUGCUGACAGACGGGCUCGGUGUCUGAAGCACCUGUUGAAGGCAAACCAUGCCAACUAUGCCAUCCUCUUCAACAAUCUCCGGUUCGACAACCACAAUGUCCACAUCUUGAGCUCGGCGUAUCUGCUUGGGGCGAAUGAGAACCAGCUGCAUGACAUUUACAAUGACGAGAUUCAAGAUCUGGUGCCUUGGGAGCCGUCGCCAUCCGAGCUGAUUGAUGAGGACUGGAGAGACUUCUUGGGCGACAAGAGGUACCAGAGGGCCUUUCUGGAUUACUUCGAAGAUAAGCUUGCCAUGGAGUUUGCGUACGAUUGGAAGCAGGAACUGCAGCACUUCCUGUUCAGCGGCGACGAGCCGCUGUUUCAUGGCUUGAUAGGCGGACGUAAGAAGACCCCAAGCAAUUCCGGUUACGGUGAUAUAAUUGGCCAUCCGCUUAUUCACCUUGGAUAUGCCUAUGAGGUGGACAGCAGAGAAGUUGCCAUGGAGGCACUUGCUCUCACCUGCGUCCAGUACAACUUCUUCCACAAGUAUCUCGACAAUCGCUCAUAUACCAGGCCGUCUCCGCUCAAGUCCAAGGCUCCGUUGGACCUCCUAGGUCAGCUGUCCAAGGAUGAUAGAUUCGGCAAAGGGCCGGAGGAUCUUGGCGACUUGGAAGAGUUUCUCGACAAGAACGAGUCGCUGUUCCUGGAGUAUUGGAACGGAUGGGAUGUUGAUGACGACCCCAAGAAGCAGUUCGAGCUGUCGCAAGAGGCAGCCGUCGCGUUACUUGUGGCCACUGUCCCACCAGGCACUCACGCCUACGACUUUUUCAUCGUCCACCUAUUGACCACCAGCCACGCCGUCCGGAUUCUCCUGCCAUUUGUGCCACCAAAACACCACGUUUCUCUGGUUAGGGAGUGGUGGCUUCUGGUUCUGGCCAUGUUCAUCGUCAGGGGCCGGCCUAUGCCGGAUCCCGACAAUGUGGAGAGCGACCUGAAGGGAAAGAACUGGAAAUACGUGGUGGAUAAGGCGCUGAACUCGGCAUGGUCAAAGGACGCACAUUUCGUCAAAGCAAUACGAGCCAUGAAGGAGGCUGCUCAGACAUGGGGCGAUGUUCACGAGCGCUAUCUUAGAGCUGCAGUGACGUUUGUGGAUAAUUUCCACGGAUGGGUUCAUUGA